UUGAAGAAUAUCAGGUACAGUGUAAGCUGCAGACACCUGCUCAGAGGAGGCAGCCUUCAGACAUGGAAAGAAAGCUCCUAAAGAAGGAAGUGAGAAAGCUGCUGGGAGAUUAUAUUGGCAUCAGACUUCGGGAAAAUGAAUUUGACCCAAAAGGAAGAAGGCAACUCUCCAUACUAGAUGAUAUGGCACACUAUGACUUGGCCAUCAGUGUCGCUUUGCAAUGGCUGGGUCACUCAGAAGACCUAACUUGGCUGGAGCAGGAGGCCAGGAAAAUGCUGCUUCAUGGCAGACCCGUAUAUCCAAACCGCAGAGAGCGGGAAGCUAUGAUUUUAUCAUCUUAUGCUGGAAUCUUAAUGAACAGUGUCCCAAUUGAAGAAGUCUUUAAAAUCUAUGGGGCUGAUUCUGAUACUACCAAGGCUCCCCGGCCACCCUUGUUCCGUUCCCUGCACCCCUGUGCAAUGCUGACGGCCCCUACAGCAGCAGAAUACUCCCGGAAACAGAGUGUCAAAUUAAGAAGGAGAACCAUGACUAAAAACACCACCAGUCAUUCUGCAAAGGAAAUACCUGACAUAGGAUGGAAAUUAUCAAAAAACUUCUCACACUCACUGCCAAAGAACAAAGUCACUUAGAACUUGGAUUUGAAGCAUGGCCCAUCAUAACAGGGCCUCUGGGAGGGGACCAAAGAAACAAAAACCAUCUUAAAACUGCAGCUCCUGGCAGCAUGCUUUACUUUACUGUUAUCUUCUGAUGCGAAUUAGAGUGGAUGCUGUUUUUAGUAUUGAGUUUUCUUCUCUCAGAAGCAUA